AUGGGCGCCGGGAUUAGGAUCCUAGCGGCGGCCCUCCUGGCGCUCGCGGCUGUCCGCGGCGCGACGGCGCAGCUCCGGCAAGGCUACUACUCCGCCAGCUGCCCCAACGUGGAGGCCAUCGUGCAAGCCGCCGUGGCCCUCAAGGUCCAGCAGACGCCCGUCGCCGUCGGCGCCACCGUCCGCCUCUUCUUCCACGACUGCUUCGUCCAGGGAUGCGACGCGUCGGUCAUCAUCGUGUCGUCGGGGAACAACACGGCGGAGAAGGACCACGUGAGCAACCUCUCCCUCGCCGGCGACGGCUUCGACACCGUCAUCAAGGCGAAGGCGGCCGUGGACACGCAGUGCCCCAGCCCCAACCUGGUGUCGUGCGCGGACAUCCUCACCAUGGCCACCCGGGACGUCAUCGGCCUGGCCGGCGGCCCGGCGUACCCCGUGGAGCUCGGGAGGCUGGACGGGCUGGUGUCGACGGCGAGCAACGUGGACGGGAACCUGCCGCCGCCGUCGUUCAACCUGGACCAGCUGACGGCGAUGUUCGCCGCCAACAACCUGUCUCAGGCCGACAUGAUUGCGCUCUCCGUGGAGUGUGCGUGCACUGUAGCUGGUUGCUGGUCAGUAGAUCUGAAAGGGGUCAAACUGUGGAGGACUAGCUGUACUGCCUUUGCUUCUGGGGGCACUGUACAAUUGUAUGGCAUCUUGGCACGAAAUCUGCAGAAACUGUACACGAUUAUGUCGUCGCAGCUGCUGGCGGCGUGCCCGGCGGGGGUGGACCCGAACGUGGCGCUGGAGAUCGACCCGGUGACGCCGCACGCCUUCGACAACCAGUACUUCAUCAACCUGCAGAAGGGGAUGGGCCUGCUCACCUCCGACCAGGUCCUCUACGCCGACCUCCGGUCGCGCCCCACCGUCGACGCCUGGGCGGCCAACAGCUCCGACUUCGAGGCCGCCUUCGUCGCCGCCAUGACCAACCUCGGCCGCGUCGGCGUCAAGACGGACCCCGCGCUCGGCAACAUCCGCCGCGACUGCGCCGUGCUCAACAGCUGA